CUCCUGGUCCUCUCCAUUGCCCCUGGUUUGCUUUUAUAUCUCUGUGUCUCUGUGUCUCUGUCUCUGUGUCUCUCUCGCUCUCUCUCUCUCUCUCUCUCUCUCGUUGUGUGCUGCGUUUAGGAUUCCGCUUUCUGAGUGAAUCCUAUCCGAAUUUUUGUUGGUUGAAUUGUGAGUGAGGCGACACGUAUGAGAAAAGUUUUUUUUUUGGUUUGUUUUAUUUGUUUUAUUUUUUUUGGGUUGAGUUGUGUUGGUAAUUGGAGUGGUGAUCGGUUUGUUCGUUAGGAGGAUUGAGGAGGCUGAUGACGGCGAUGUUGGGUUUUCAGAGAGGAUAACUGAAUUGGGUAGAGGAGCAAUUCAUCACGACAUUUGGGUUUUUGAGAUAUUUGAAUCUAUGCAGAGGAGCUGGUUUUGCAUGUCUGCAAGCAAGAAAUGUGCACCGUCAGCGUGAAGAAGACGCAGACCUAGGUUUUGGGUCGAUUGGUGGAGGAUUGGUUUUGGUGGGUGCACUAUCAGGGAGGUCUGUGGAGAAGCAUCCGCCCUUCGUAUGGUCUAGGUAUGGUUUCGUUGCAGAUGUGUAUCAGUAAUGAAACAUGGACAGGUGGAAUUAAGAUCGUGAGGAAUAGGGAUGGGCCAUCUUAGGAUUGGCAUCGGGUGUUACGAAAAGAUUCAUCGCCAACGGGUUGAACGAAUUUACUUAAACUGACGCUGAAAUUUUAGCAUCCCGAGACUCUACAUUUGCAGCAGUGAAGCACGAUUCCAGGCCCCUUUUGAUAUUGUGAGGUUGACCUUCCCUCUUUAAUAUCAAGUGGACUCAAAUAUACUUGAAAGUCAUGAGCUCCUGAAUACCGUAAUUGUAGCAGCAGGCGAAGAAGCUCAACGCAGAUUUUGUUGUAACGACACAGCUAUUUUGCAUGAAAGUUUCAAAUCAUACGAGAAUCUACUUUUGUGUAGUGUCUUUGCUCACGGGUUUCCUCACGAUGGCGAGAUCUAAGCCUGUAUCUGCAGUUUCAGCUCCAGCUCCAACCUCAAACACCACCACUGCGGGAUCAAAACUGGACAGAUCAAUCACACCCCCAAACCCUAACUCCAGGUCUGAAAUGUCUCCACUCAGCAAGGCGAUGGAAUCCCUGGACAUCCGACCAUUCAGUCUCGAUAACAGUGCACAUAAUUUGGACAUGCCAGAAAGUCGGUAUGGGUCAAAUAUUAGAUCUAAGCUUGUACAAGAAGAAACAUCCCUUGAAGACAUGAUUGUGGAUUUAAUCCUUGAUGGGCAAUGGGAAGUGCUCCAACCCAAUAGUGGAAAAUCGAUCGUUCUAGGCAAUGGCAAGUCAGUGUCAGUGAGCUAUCAGGAAGAGCCUGGAUCCGGGUAUCGUACUUGGGAGUGGCACGGGCAUGUCAUGGUCUACGAAGAUGGGGAGGGGUACGUGCCAGAAUAUGUAUAUGGAAACUAUUUCGAGCCCUUGGAAGAUGAAAAUGAACCUGACUUCAUUAGCAUGAACAAUAUGAAUAGCAUGUGUAGCGUUAACCCCAGAUUAGGAUUAGGUGGAUAUAUAAGUGGUCUAGGAUAUAUUCAUUGAUGCAGUGAGUGCGUUAGGGUCAAACAACUCGUUUCCAUUUCAUCGUGAAAUUGUGAACCUCCAUUCGAUUCUUUCGAGGACAAGAGAAUCCUUGUGAAAUUGAAAUACUGGUUAUAUACCUCUGCA